AUGUCAAGUGAAGCUGCUAGUGGCUUAUGGCGCUCAGAGGACAUGACACUGCUGCGGUUGACGAUGCAGCGUGAGACGGCUCAUGAUUCAGUGCUGAAACUUGGGCAACUCGCCGCCUUUCAGUUCAUCGACCUCAACAGUGACGUGAGCGCCUUCCAGCGAGAUUUCGUGCAAGAGGUCCGGCGCUGUGAUGGCAUGGAGCGGAAGCUACGGUACCUUCAUGAUGAAAUUGAGAAGGCAGGUCUUACAUGCGUCUCUACGGAAGCCAUUGGAAGAGAAUCUUUGUUCGCGUUGGAGCACAAAAUUGAUGAGUACGAGGGGGAACUUCGUGAGUUGAAUGGGCAGUACCAGUCGCUGCUUGAGGAAAGUAAUCGCACGCAGGAACAUCUUGAGGUGCUUAGUCGCGAGUUUGGAAGUGGUAUUAGGCAAAGCCCAGGGCUCAAUCUUCUCACGGGUGUUAUUCCAAAGGACCGUAUCGCUACAUUGGAGCGCCUGGUGUACCGCAUUACCCGCGGGAACUCUGUGUUGCACACCGAUGAGAUCACAACUCCCUUUUCUGAGGGAGAAAAGGAACGGAUGGUUCAGAAAUGUGUGUUUGGUGUUUACUUCGCUACCCCACGGUUGUGGGAGAGUUUAAAGCGAAUCAGCGAGGUGAAUGGAGCUUCACUCUAUCCAUAUGCUGAGAGCACCGAGCGAUUGCAGUACAUGCGUGAUACUCUCAACUCACAGCUAGAAACGAUGAAGCAUACGUUGCAGCAGUCUUUGCUGCGCCAACGGCACCUACUUACUUCCAUAUCACACAACGUGUGCCAGUGGAGGCAGACGGUUGCUGUGGAGAAGUCAGUUUUCUCCACGAUGAACAUGUUAAAAUUCAGUGGAUCCACAGCGGUUGCUAAAGGUUGGGCCCCUGUGCGCUCCCUUGACCGGAUACGCGCAUCCCUGCAGGAGGCGGAGUACCUGAGCGGCGCCCAGGUGCUAACUAUUGUUGAGGAAAUUUCAACAAAAGAAAAACGUCCAACGUGCUUCUUCACCAACAAGUUCACAGUAUGCUUCCAAAGUAUUGUUGACAGCUACGGUAUGGCCCGUUACAAAGAGGUCAACCCAGGCGUGCUCACCAUUGUGACUUUUCCCUAUCUUUUCGGUAUCAUGUACGGUGACAUUGGGCAUGGAGUUAUGCUCACCCUCUUCGCUGCGUUCCUGCUUAUCAAGGAGAAGGACUGGGAAGGGAGGAAACUUAACGAGAUAUUUGCCAUGAUAUUUGAUGGUAGAUAUUUACUGCUGCUCAUGGGGUUAUUCGCUAUUUAUGUUGGGUUUUUAUACAACGACUUCUUUGGCUUCUCGGUAGACACGUUUCGCUCCGGUUAUCAGUGGCCACCAUUGAAUGGUAACACACAAGAGGGCGAUAUGCAACCUUCGUCCCCGAGCGGGGUCACACCAGCGAGAAGUGUUAUCUUUGGCAUUGACUCAGCGUGGGCAGAGACGGAAAACAAGCUAGAGUUCUACAACUCUGUAAAGAUGAAGUGCUCUGUCAUCAUCGGUGUUGUCCAGAUGGUUGCCGGUGUAAUUCUGUCUCUGAUGAACCACAUUUACUUUGGGGACAGGAUUCAAAUUUGGUUCCGCUUCGUUCCUGAAAUCGUCUUCCUUCUGUGCACCUUUGGCUACAUGUGCGUUCUCAUAAUCAUCAAGUGGUGCACGAAUUGGGACCAACGUACUAGUGAAGCGCCAUCACUGCUUGAAACAAUGACAAACUUUUUUCUCCAGCCAGGAACGGUGAAUGUACCGCUGUAUAAAGGUCAGGAGUUUGUCCAAGUAUUGCUUCUUCUAAUUGCCUUUGCAAUGGUGCCGAUUCUUCUCUGUGCCAUACCAAUGCAUGAAAAGAAGGAGCACGAGCGUAAAAUGCGGCUGCAGGCACUGGCCCGUAGGAAUGAGGAUGAACGCCAUGAAGGCAGUGAGGAUGACUACGACGAAGAUGAGAAAUUUGACUUUAGUGAAGUUGUUAUCCAUCAGGUUAUUCACACUAUUGAGUAUGUACUUGGUUGUGUGUCUAACACCGCGUCGUACCUUCGUCUGUGGGCCCUCUCGCUUGCCCACUCGCAGCUUUCUGAGGUCUUCUGGAGCUUUACAUUUCUUAUGGCGUUGGAUAUGGACAAAGGCUCGGGCGUUUUCGUCUUCUUCGGCCUUUGCGUGUGGAUGUGCGCGACGGUGGCCGUCCUUCUCGGCAUGGAGUCUCUUUCCGCCUUUCUGCACGCCCUCCGUUUGCACUGGGUAGAGUUCAACAAUAAAUUCUACGCUGCUGAUGGGUAUCCGUUCACCCCAUUCAACAUUGCUGAAGUGCUGAAGGAACUGGACUAA